CAGACUACACAGAUUUGAUUUUGUGUUGGAUCUUGGAACUGUAAAAUUGUAAAUUCAUCAAUUUUACACAAAUUGUUUAAGAAUAACGCUGUUUUCUUCAAUUUUGAACUUAAUUUUACUUUUUGUAAAAGCACCUUAUCAUUCUAAUCCAUAUAAAUUGUGUACAGCUUCCAUUAUUAGCCUUUGAAACCUUCAUUAGGUUAGAACCAAGCUAUCUUCUGUUUGUAAAUGAAUAGUGAGAAGCGCAAUGGACGAGGCAGGGGUCGAGGCCGUGGCCGUGGCAGGGGUCGCGGCCGGGGCCGGGGUCGCGGCAAGAAAGUGCCCAAAGUUAUGUCUUCUGAUGAAGAAGACUGCUCCAUGGAGGAAACUUCUCAGGAAGCGGACGAUACGCCUACUGAAGACAUUAAAGAAGAACCGGUCGAGGCUGAACCACCUAAGUUGGAAGUGCCAUCUGAUAUAUCGCAACUAGAAGCACCGGUGUUCACAACAUUGCAGCGAGGUCCUCCUGAACCGAUGCUUCGCCUAGACUGGAGUCACCGGGCCACCCUUAUUGGGGAGAAAGUGCUCAACCCCAUGAUCUAUUGCUGUGAUAUUUGUUUCAAACCUAUACUCAUCUAUGGGAGAAUGAUACCAUGCAAGCAUGUGUUCUGUCUGUCAUGUGCUCGAGCGGACCACACUCACUGUCCACGCUGCAGAGAUAAGGUGCUGCGGGUGGAGCAGACGGGGCUGGGCACGGUGUUCAUGUGCACGCACGCCGGGACUCGGUACGGGAACGACGGCUGCCGCAGGACCUACUUGUCUCAGAGAGACCUGCAGGCGCACAUCAACCACCGCCACGUGUCAGCGGCCGGCGAGCCCAAGCCGGAGCCCGAGCCGCCCGCCGCCCUCACCAUCGUCAAACCUAUUUCGUUGCCGCCGUCAGCGAACGACCCCCGUGCCCACGGGUCCCACCCCGCAGACUCGCGCCCCGGCCCGCACCCCGAGCGGCCCGGUCCGCCGCGCGCGCGCACCAACCUCAUCACCGUGCCCAUACAGGAGACCGAUAAUGAACAUAACAACUAUUAUAAUUACUAUCAGGCGCCGCAGCCGGUGCCGCCGCCGGCGCUGCCACCCGCGUCGUCCGUCGCGGUGGUCACCCACAACAUGAGCGUGCCUCCGCCCACUUACUAUUCUGCACCUCCCUACACUGCCCAGCCGUAUGUUAUGCCUGCGCAACCGGGUGUAACAAUGUCAGCCGGUCCAGUGGCCCCGGCGCCGGUGGAGGGCGCGGGGCGGUGGGGCGAGGCGGGAGGGUACAGCGCGCCGCCGCCGCAGUGGCAGUCGCACCACUACUACAGAUAGCCCCUGUAUCGCCGACGGGCGCCGCCGCGAUACUGACGCCAGUCGCCGCGAGCGCCGCUAUUUAUACCCCCCCACCACCGGCACUACUUGCCCUGGAAUUAAAGACCUACGGGAUAUAAUUAUGCAUAAUGACUUAUGAGCUAAGCUAAUGAGCUUUUUGUGAGAUAAAACUCUGAAAGAUAUCGACAGUGGUGUGGAUUACUGAUACUCAAGAGUUGAAUAGUGAAAUUUAUCUGAUUGAUGAUAUAAACUGUUGCUGUUGUAAAUAUUGAUUAAUUAUGUGCUGGUUAAUUAUGAAACUAAUGUGAAUGCUGUGUGCUCAUGUGACACUGGACGUCGAUGAUGAGGUGACUUUUUCAAGUAUUGUGAAUGUUGGUAUGGGACAGACGAAAGUUGGUGAAUCAAUAGUAUAAUUAAUCAUCUACUGUGAAAUUUUAUAAUGUAAUAGUUUUAUGUAGGUAUUCGUAGUCGAACCACAUAUAAAUUGCAAUCAAUUAACUGUUAAAAAAACUUUGUUAAACAACUUUGAUGACUGGCUGUACUAAUAGAAAGUAAUUAAUCCACUUUUCACUGCUCGAGUUGAUAACAGCGUUGAGCGUAUAAUCUUUGGAAAUUAAUUUGUGAGUGUGCGUUGUAAAAAACUUAUGUUUUAUGAUACAAAUCUCUAUCUGUAUAUUAUAGUGUAGUCUAUUAUACUCAAGAACUUAUUAAUACGUCCUAUGAUAUAGGGCAUACCCCUGACUGGAAACUAAGUACUUUGAAAUAAAAUGUACUAUUAAGUA